UACCAGUGAAUGUUAGUGAACAGAUGUUUUUGACUAUUCUUAAUGUGACGACAAGCAUGUUAUGGGGUGGCACAGUGAAGGGUGAGGAAAGAGCUAGUCUUGGAGCUGAGUUUAGGCAUGUCGUGACUGAGAUAGUUGAGUUGGUCAGUAUUCCCAAUUAUUUUGAUUUUUACCCCAGCUUGGCGUGGUUUAAUUUCCAUGGUGUUAGCAAUUUCAUGCUUGAUGUUAAAAGCAGUGUGAAUCACUUCAAUACUUAUACUGUCUUCCUGCAAAACAUGGCUUCAGAACUUCUAAAACAUGUCUUGCAGCUCUCCUGACAGUUCAAUGGUACAAAUAAAUGAACAUCAAAUUCUCCUGUAUGUCAGCAUGUUCGAUAGAUUCUAAUAGUUAUAUAAUGAAAUAACUCUAAAUAUUUGUGCAAUGAUCAGAGGCGGAGCUAGGUGAGCGUUGUGUGUUUGAACGAAUUCACUACCUAUUUUGUGUAUCCUGUAAUAGCUCAGUGGUAAUGUAUAUCCUGUAAAAGCUCAGUGGUAAGGAAGGGGACGUAGAUAUGUCUUUUACACUAGUAUUGUGGGUUCAACUCUAUCAUCAAUUUUAUAUCCAAAAAUUUAGAACCUCAAAAUCUUAAUUUUGACUCCACCUCUGAAUUAAUGAUAGUUCAAUUUCUUUUCCUCUCCUAAUUCUGACUCCGCCUCUAAACUUAUGAUAGUUCAAUUUCUUAGUCAUUCACCUGUGAUUCCUUUAAAAAAAAUUGAAAGUUUGUUUUGUUAACUAUUCGUCAACACAGUUAACAGUAUGGAUGGGGACUGGAAAGAUAUCUCUGCUUCUUGUUCAUUGUAUGGGUCCACCAAAUUAGUUUUUAUCUUCAUUCUAAAUAUCUCAUUCCUUCUGUUAAUUAGUCUUAUACUAAUUAUUUUCUCCAGUUUUUUCAAAAUAGGAGUCUAGAUCACUUGUUAUCUAAAUUAUUAAAUUGAUUCUAUUAGGAUUAGAAUUAGUUUUAACGCGACUAAUUUUGAAUAUUCAGAUCAAUUAGGUUUCUUAGCACUUUUAUCCUCAUAUUUUAUAAUCUAUCAAUUUCUGUCUUCAAUCUUUAUAAUUUCGCUUGAACAUUUUAUUUUAUUUUUGUUUAUUCAAGUACCCAAAUGUAAAAUUAUUUUUUUUAGAUGGUGUUAACUAGACGAAAGGCAUCUGAUUGGAUCUUUGAGGGCCAUGUUUGUAAAAGAGGUCAAAUUUUGCUGGGGAUAUAUCCAAAAAAAGAAACGAUUUUUUUGCUGAAUUUGAAUGAUAACAAAAUGCCAAACAUGUUUUGCUCCUUUCCACGUUUCUUAUGAUACUAAGCAAACUACUUUUUCCGUUUCAAUUAACAUCACGAAAUUCAGGGGUGACUCUGCUUCGUUUUUAUCUAUUUAUAUUCAUCUCAUUCUUUCAGCAAAAUCACAAAAAAAAAAAAAAUCUUUUAGCUGUGCAAAAGCUACAGAUGUCUCUCAAAUUCUUCAAACCCCUUUUUGAUUCUUUUCCAUGGCCCCUUCAACAACUCAAUGUUGAGCAAAAGGGUGUGUUUUUCUACUGUUUUCUUGGGUUCUUAGCUUUACUUUGGUGUUUCAUCAGAAACUCAAACAAGGGAUUGCCACCAGGGCCUAAACCUUUGCCCUUGAUAGGUAAUCUCCAUUCUCUUGAUCCUGAACUUCACACCUAUUUUGCAUCUCUGUCCAAAACAUAUGGCCCCAUUUGUAGAAUCUGGCUUGGUAAAAAAAUUGGGAUUAUUAUUAGUUCGCCUGCUUUAGCUCGCGAGGUUCUUAAGGAUAAAGAUACUAUUUUUGCAAACAGAGAUGUGUCUGCUGCUGGAAGAGAAUUUUCAUAUGGUAUCAAUGACUUACUUUGGAGUCCUUAUGGACCGAAAUGGCGAAUGUUAAGGAAGCUUUGUGUUCGCGAUAUGCUUAGUUCUUCUAGUAUAGAUUCUGUUUAUGGACUAAGGAGAAGGGAGCUUAGACAAUCGAUCAAUUACUUGUAUAGUCAGAAGGGUUUACCAGUGAAUAUCGGUGAACAGAUGUUCUUGACUUUGCUUAAUGUGAUAACAAGUAUGUUAUGGGGUGGGACGAUGAAGGGUGAGGAAAGAGCUAGUCUUGGAGCUGAGUUUAGGAAUGUUGUAACUGAGAUAGUUGAUUUGGUCAGUAUUCCCAAUCUUUCCGAUUUUUACCCGGGCUUGACCUUGUUUGAUUUCCAGGGUGUUAUAAAGAAGAUGAAAGUGGUUCUAAAGAGAUUUGAUAAGCUAUUUGAAAGCAUGAUUGAUCAAAGACAAAAAUUGGACAGAAAUGGUGUUGGCCGAGAAAGCAAAGACUUUUUGCAAGUUUUGCUGAAGUUGAAAGAUGUAGCAGAUGCCAAAAUGCCUCUGACCAUGACUGAAAUCAAAGCCUUACUUAUGGAUAUGGUUGUCGCUGGAACUGACACAACCUCCAACGCGGUUGAGUUUGCCCUGGCUGAAAUUUUGAACAAACCAGACGUCCUGAGGAAAUUACAACAAGAAGUAGAUACAGUUGUGGGAAAAGAUAAUAUAGUGGAAGAGUCUCAUAUUCAACAAUUACCGUAUCUCUAUGCAGUGAUGAAAGAAGCGAUGCGCAUGCAUCCAGCCCUCCCACUCUUGGCUCCUCAUUCUCCUAGUGAGACAGUCACUGUUGGAGGAUACACUGUUCCUAAAGGAUCUUGUAUUUUCGUAAAUGUAUGGGCUAUACACAGAGAUCCUUCUAUCUGGAAAAAUCCAACAGAGUUCCGUCCUGAGAGAUUUUUGGAUAAUAAAUGGGAUUAUAGUGGAAAUGAUUUCAACUAUUUCCCAUUUGGUUCUGGAAGAAGAAUGUGUGCGGGGACAGCCAUGGCAGAGAGGAUGUUCAUGUAUUCAUUGGCUUCGCUCAUCCAUUCUUUCGAUUGGAAAUUACCCGAAGGAGAGACGUUAGACCUUAAAGAGAAGUUUGGUAUUACUUUGAAGAAGAAAAUGCCUCUGGUGGCUAUACCUACUCCAAGAUUAUGCAAUCCAACAUUGUAUGAGUAACAUAAAAAAAAAAAAAAAAAGUAUCAGUGUUAAGUGUUAUGUGCUAAUGUCUAAGUAUCAGUGUUAUGUGCUAAUGUCUUUUAAAGACUAAUAUUAAUGAGCAUUGAAUAAUUAUAAGUUUCCUAUUUAUAGAUAA